AUGGCCACUUCUACUCUUUUCCGACCAGCUGCCCGUGCUGGAGCUGCAGCAUUCCGCUCGGCCGGCCCCCGAGGCCUUGCAGGUGUUGCUUCUGCUCGAUUCAUCACCAAGGUUACUUUGCCGGACCUGCCAUAUGACUAUGGCGCGCUUGAGCCAACCAUUUCCGGCAAGAUCAUGGAACUUCAUCAUUCUAAGCAUCAUCAAACCUACGUCAACUCCUACAACGACGCAGUUGAGAAGCUUGCCAGUGCCCAGGGCAAAGCCGAUAUCCAGACCCAGGUCUCCUUGCAGGCAUUGACCAGCUUCCACGGAGGUGGUCACGUCAACCACUCUCUGUUCUGGGAGAACUUGGCUCCCAAGAACUCUGGUGGUGGUGAGCCCCCAUCUGGUGCUCUUGCAAAGGCCAUUGAUGAAUCUUUUGGUGGCCUCGAACCGUUCCAGAAGACCUUCAACACUGCUUUGGCUGGUAUCCAGGGAAGCGGUUGGGGAUGGUUGGUGAAGGAUAAGCAGACUGGCAAGAUCCAGAUCAAAACUUAUGCUAACCAAGACGCUGUCUCCGGUCAAUUCAUCCCUCUUCUCGGCAUUGAUGCCUGGGAGCACGCAUACUACCUCCAGUAUGAGAACCGCAAAGCUGAGUAUUUCGGCGCCAUAUGGGAUGUUAUUAACUGGAAGACUGUCGAGAAGAGAUAUGCCUAA